AUGUCCACGGCACGCCUCGCGCCUCCUGGCGCAGACAGGCAACCCGAAGGCGCGAACCCCCUGCCGCAGCUCAUCCAGACGCCGUCCGGGCUGGCCCUCCUCGAGCUGCAGGGCACCGUCAACCUACCGCAGGGCCAGGACGGCCAGCCCCUACCAAACAUGCAGAUUGGGCGCAUCGACUUCCCCGACUACAGCCCCGACGCGGAGGGGAGCGCGUGGAUGAACCGAGUGCACAUGUUCGUCGGCCAGCACCAGCGGCUGACGGGCCAGGUCCGGAAGCUGCCGCGGGCCAUUGCCGUGGUGCGUCGGCGCCAGGAAGAGACGGGGCGCAGCUCGGGCGCCGGUGCUCACGCAGAGGAGGAGGGCGAGAGCCUCGAAGUGGUGGAGAUUAUCAAGUACAAGCUCAUGUUCGGCAACCGGCCGGAACCCGUGGGCACGGAGAACGCAGUAUAG